AUGGCGCCCGCAAUGACAGCUUCGUCGUUCAGCUCCGGCCGACCGACGUUCCCUCUACAACUCUCGCCUCGUGCUUUGAAGGCGUCUUUCAGCCAGACCGAAGUCUUGUCCCCGAAAGCUUUGGCGAAGCAGGAGAAGGAUCUUUGCCUCCCGGCGCAAGAUAACCUCUAUAUCAACAAGUCAGACCAACAAUUCUGGGCCAUCCGCUGCGCCGAAUCUCUCGAUAGCCUCAUGAAGGCCGCCGGCUCUUACACUCCCGCUCAGCGUGCCGCACAUUUGAGACUUCUUUCGGAACUGGUUAUCCCGUCUCUCGGCCCGCAUCCCACCAACGCCCCAACAAAACCCUUGUUGACGGCCAAUGGCUCCCCGUUUGAGCCGUCAUGGAACAUCACCGACUCCGGCUCCUCUUCCAUUCGUUUCUCCUUUGAGCCUCUCGGUCGGCACGGCGGAACCCCGUCGGACCCUUUCGCCCAGAAAAUGAUUCCUGCUCUCCUUCCAGCCCUACAAAUGUUUGGUCACGGAGUCGAUACGCGGUGGUUCGAGCAAUUUGCUUCGGCCCUAUUCCUUGACGAAUUCGAGACCAAAGUUGCCCUCGAGAAACUCGGCCCCGAUCACCGCGCGCCGACCGCCUUCCUAGCUUUCGACCUUGACGGCGCCAAGGCUGUAUUCAAGACGUACUUCUUUCCCGUCCUCAAGCACAUCGCCACCGGCGCCUCCACAGAAUCCAUCACCUUCAACGCCAUCCGCUCUCUCUCCCCCGGCGGUGAUCGCCUAGCUCCUGCCGUCAAUGCCACCGAGGAAUACUUCAAGAACGCUCCGUUCCCCAUCCCCGUCGAGAUGAUUGCUCUGGACUGCAUUGAUCCCGCCGCCGGCGCCCGCGCUAAGGUCUACGCACGCACACAAUCCAACGCCUUCGACGUCGUCCGCCAGGUUGUCACUCUCGGAGGUCAGGUCAAGGACGAGACCACACUGGAGGGUCUCGAGGCCAUGCGUAGCAUCUGGCACUUGCUCCACAACGAAGCGGAACCUUACGCCGACGACUUCAACAAACAGCCCAAGGUCAUGGAGACCCUUCACAAGGGUAUCUGUUACGGUUUUGAGUUGAAGCCCGGCUCCCAAUGGCCCGAGGUCAAGUCGUACGUCCCGCUCUGGCAGUACGCCGACAACGACGCCGUAAUCGCUGCCAACCUCGCCAAGGCUUUCAAGUCGAGAGGAUGGCCGGUUGCCGAGCGUUACGAGACGGACCUGCCCAAGUGCUUCCCCCGUUCGGACCUGAACCGUGCCACCGGCACCCACUCCUACAUCUCCUUCGCCUUCUCCAAGAAGAAGGGCGCCUACCUGACCAUGUACUACUCCAUCAAGCCCAGUGACUCCAUCGUGGCUUUCUAA